GGGGACCAGGCCUUCAUGGAUGCAGCUACAGUGAUUAAUGGCUGACUGAUUCCAUCUUGAGAAUCCAGAAAUGGAGAAGCUUCUGCCAUUCUAGCUACUGGGGCCCAGUAGCCUGCUGCUGCCUGGCUGACAUGGGAAGAUCAGACCCUCACAGGAUCAUGGCCAUGAUGCAGACCGUGGCGGGCUCCAGUCCCGGGCAGUCCUGCGUGCUGAUUCUGAUCUUCACAGUGCUCCUGCAGUCCCUGUGUGUGGCUGUGACUUACAUCUACUUCACCAAUGAGCUGAAGCAGGUGGCUUUCCAAGUUUAGAAUGAGAUCCAACCACAACAGAGCUGGAAGGGACCCGAGACAUCACCAUGAUCAAAGCUCUGCUUAGCAGCACCUAGGGAAGAGAGGAAGCACGGUGGAGAGACAACACAGCUGCUUAAAGAUGAGGUCAGGGACGGCACCAGGACCCAGGAUGUCUGAUAUGUGUCACAACCUUUCCCCCUAUAUUCAACUGCUUGCUUUUAGCCAAAGAGCAAAGGACAGCAGGCCUACUUUUAUCCAAGAUGCAGGACAAGUACUUCCAAGGUGUCAUUGCCUGUUUCUUAAAGGAAGAUGACCGAUUUUGGGACCCCACUGAUGAAGAUUCUAUGAACAGCCCCUGCUGGCAAGGGAAGUGGCAACUCCGCCAGUUUGUCAGGAAGAUGAUUUUGAGAACCUAUGAGGAAACCAUUCCUACAGUUGAAGAAAAACAAGCUAUUUCUUCCCUAGAAAGAGAAAGAAGACCUCAGAGAGUAGCAGCUCACAUAACAGGGACCACUCGGAGAAGCAUUACAUUCUUAGAACCAGACUCCAAGAGUGAAAAGGCUUUGGGCCAGAAAAUAAAAUCCUGGGAGUCAUCAAGGAAGGGACAUUCAUUCCUGAAAAAUUUGCACUUGAGGAAUGGAGAACUUGUCAUCCAUCAAACAGGUCUUUAUUACAUCUAUUCCCAAACAUACUUUCGAUUUCAGGAAAUUGAAGAAACUUCAGGAAUACUUUCAAAAGAUAGCAAAAAGAAAAGCAAACAGUUGGUACAGUAUAUUUACAAAUGUACGGACUAUCCUGACCCUAUAUUGCUGAUGAAAAGUGCCAGAAACAGUUGUUGGUCCAAAGAUUCUGAAUAUGGACUCUAUUCCAUCUAUCAAGGGGGGAUGUUUGAGCUUAAGGAAAAUGACCGAAUUUUUGUCUCUGUAACUAAUGAACACUUGAUUGACUUGGACCAAGAAGCCAGUUUUUUCGGGGUCUUUUUGAUUGCUUAAAUGAUCGGCAGAGGAGCAUCGUUUGAGCCCAGGAGUUAAAGAUCAUCCUGGGAAAUUUAGCAAGUCUCCAUCUCUGAAAAGAAGGUACACAAGGCAGCAGCUAAACCAGUGUCCUCUUGGAACAAAUGGAAGCCUGGCUGCGUCCCAAAUGUCCACUUUGGUUUCUCUGGUGUGGGGAGACUAGGAAGGAUUAUACGCAGGGCCACUGAGGGAUCAU